UAAACCCCCGCCACAAUCUAAAAUGUGAAAAAUUACUUUACUGUUGAAAAUGUUUAUAAAAGACCUAAGAAAGGGUUUUUAUGACGAGAUCUUACAUCAGAGAGUGCUUGUUUUAGUUGCCUUUGAUGUUGAUGCUUUAUGUGCCUGUAAAAUACUUCAGUAUUUAUUCCAGUGUGAUCAAAUCCUUUAUACAAUUGUCCCUGUCACAGGAAAAGAAGAAUUAGAGAAAGCUUAUGUAGAAAAUUCAGAAGGGGUUAAACAUGUGAUAUUUAUAAAUUGUGGAGCAUCAGUAGAUGUUGUUGAGACUUUACAGCCUGAAGAAAGUGUCAGAUUUUAUAUAUGUGAUAGUCACAGGCCAGUAGAUGUACACAAUGUAUUUAAUGCAGUACAAGUCAAGCUUUUGAUGAAGGAAGAAGAAUUUGAUGAGUUACCAGAGUAUGAUUCCUUAUUCAGAGAUGAUGAUUCAGAUGAUGAUUCAGGAAAUGAUAGUGAUAGUUCAGAAAGGUCAGGAAAACGAAAAAGAUUCGAUGAUGAAGCUAUUGAAAAAAGACGAGAUAAAAGAAUCUGGAAUGAGAAUAGACAGAAGAUAUUAUUUGAAUAUAAUCAGUUCUCUACAUAUGGCACUGCUGCAUCUCUAAUAAUGUUUGAGUUGGCGUGGAAAAUGUCAAAAGAUACAAAUGAUUUAGUAUGGUUGGCUGUUGUAGGAGUAACAGAUCAAUAUAUACAUUUUAAAACCCCCAGGGAUAAAUAUAUUGAUGAUGCAAUGGCUCUAGAGUCACAUGUUGCUAGACAUAAUCACAGAGGAGAUGAUGAAGAUAAUAUCAUAUCUAUAAACUGUUUAAAAAUAGUGUUUGAUGAAGAAUUACAAUUAACAUUAUACAGACAUUGGUCAUUGUUUGACAGUAUAUGUCAUUCUGUCAACUUGGCUUGUAAAUUCAAAGUUUGGACAUUAAAGGGACAGAAAAGAUUACAUGAAUUUUUAGCAGAAAUGGGAAUGCCAUUGAGUCAGUGUAAACAGAAAUUUUCUUCAAUGGAAUCAACUUUACGACAUAACAUAAAACAGAUGAUACAAGAUCACAUGACAAAAUAUGGUUUAACCAACCAGGAUGUUGUGAUACCAUCAUUUUCAGCCCAGUAUGGUUAUAAAAAUAAAUUAUGUGCGUCUGACUAUGUGUUGGCUUGUGUUGCUACACUAGAAAAUAUAGAUAAAAAUAAAAGUGCUACAGAUAACUUUUUAAGUGCAUUAGAUAUUUUACAAAGGGUAAAUGUAGCUUCCCUAGAGAAGGCAGUAGAAUUGGCAAAGAAACAGACACAAGCCAUAGUGACACAAGUUCAGACAUUUCUAGACAUGCAUCAGGUCAUAUCUGCUGGCCCAUUCUUGUAUGCUUUUAUACAAGAGGGUACAAUGGAUGUCAAGUUCUUUUCCAAACCUCAAUGUUUGAUGAGAUUAGCUAGGUUUACAUUAGAAGCUCACUGUUCUGUUAGUCGUAACAAGAGAGCUCGAAGUCUACCACUGGUUCUAGGUGCUCCUUUAGAUGGAGAACAGGGAACAACUCUAGUUAUAGGUAUUCCUCCUCUUCAGCUGGAUGAUGAAAGGAAAAAUUUCUUUGGUAAAGCUUUCGAGCAAGCAGCUGUUAGUACCAAUUCUAGAACUUUGCAUGAUAGUUUUGACAGUUACAUUAUGGAAAUGAAAACAGAAGACAGAAGCAAGUUUUUCGAUGCAUUAAUAAGUCUUCUAAAUUAAAUAGAAAUUUUGUAUGACCUCUGUUAACUUAUUCCUCAAUACAAAGUAUGAUCCAUAAAUAUAUGAAAUGAUCUCACUACGUGUAUUCCAUGAUAAUACUUAGAAUGGAAGUUAUCAAGAAUCAAUUUCUACCUGAUUCUGUGAAGAUAAUAUGAUAUGAAAUGGAUUUUUUGUGCUGAACAAGUUGGUUUGAUGUUAUUACUGCUGAAGAUAUACAGGCCUAGUAUAACAUAUCUAAAGUUUGUAAAUUUUUAAUGCAAUAUCAUUUAUAUUGUAACAGCUAUGGCAACAAUAAAAUAUAAAAUUACAAUGCAAAUAUUAAGAUUAGAUUGUUCAUCCAAUUGUUUUACAACUGAAGAAAGUGUAGAAAAAGUCUCUUACAAAGUUUGAUUUUUCUGUACUUUUUGAUUCAUUAUCAUUCUUUGUGUCACCAAUUUGUAAAAUAUUAUUCAGACAGCCAAAACUUGUAUAUGAAUAUCAAUUAAAUGCACAUUUUAAUUAAUUUUAUUUGUAUGGAGCUUGUGAUAAGAAAUAAAACCGAGUUAGAUCAUUGAUCUAUAGUUAAGAAUAGUAUAGCAUGUAAAGAUACAAUUCCAAAAAUGAAAUAUUUAUUUAUUUACCUUAAAAUUAUUACAAGUACUGUAAGUAUCACAUUUCUUCGAAAAGGGUUACAUAAGUAACUAUUUACCUUGAAUGAAGUAAGUUUUAGAUGAAAUUUAAUGAGUUUUUUUUCAAAUGGUGUUAAACUGCAUUCAGGUUAGGUAUCAAUGUUUUGACUCUUUGAGUUUUGCAGGGAUUUUUAUUUUACAAUUGUUUUUUGAAUAUUAAUUUGACCUUGUAUUAUAAUGAUUUCUUUAUUACAAAUGCACCACUUAAUCCCCACUUUUAAGUGCUAUCUGUUUUCUGCUUAAUAGUGUUUAGUAGGUUAUUGUUUGCCUUUUUUCUUUUGACCAUUGCCUGUCCUCAUUCUAUUUACAUUAUCUUAUUUCCUCUUGACUUUUGACCAUUGCCUGUCCUCAUUCUAUUUACAUUUUCUUAUUUCCUCUGUUGACUUUUGACUUUUCAAUUAGAAAAUAUAAGAAUUUAAAAAAAGCAAGGACCUUUGUCUUUACUUCUAAAUUUCAGUGAAAAAUAAUUAUUUAGAAAUUAGCAUGUUCAUAAAGCCCUUCUCUUCAUGAAUUGUGUUCAAGCUUAUUUAAAAGAAGAUUAGACAAAUAGUUUGUCCUGAAUUGUAAAUACACUUGUCGUUAAGGAGGGUCUGGAUGAGGGGUCCUUCAUUUCUGUAUUCUUUUAAUUUUUUAAACCAUUUUUCUCUAUUCUUUAUUUAUUUUGCCCAUCAUUCUCUAUAUCUUAAUAUUUCAACACACCAUUCUCUAUUCUUUGGAGGUAUUAUUUGCCUAUUUUUUUCUAUUCUUUAUUUUAUUAUCCAUUAAUCACCACUUUUUGCCCAUUAUUCUCUAUUCUGUAAACCCCAUCCAGACCCUCAUUAAGUAUUUAUGUUGUAAGUGAUUAUACUAAAACAAAUAUCAUGUUACAUUAAAUGUUUUUAAUUGUAUAGAUUUAAAUGUACUAAUUUAUAUUAAAUUAUCAUAUCUGUA